AAUUAAUUGAUGGAUCUAGGUAGAACGACGUCUAUAUCUUUCAAGUUAACAUUAAAAUAAAUACUCAAGUAUUGUGGAAAUACCAAGUGAUCGACAAUUCCUCUAACUAUUUAUUCCAAAAAAUUCAAACAUACCAAACAUAAUUAUUAAUUAUCUCUUCUAAGCCUUCUAUGCUCUUAUUAUAAGUUUUGUAACAUUGAAUUUGAGCAGCACAUAUUAAGAGAAAACAUAAGAGGCCAAACCAUGGAACACAAGAAGAACUACAAUAUUGAAACAUGUUCUGAUUCUGCUUCCACUGUUACUACACAUGAAGACUUCAGGAUUAGAAUUGAGUCAUUUCAUGCGCGAGAGAAGGACAUUUCUAAGAAAGAUUCUGCAGAAAAGAAACUUUCUUGGUUGCGUUCUCAGAUAAUUGGUACAAAUAUCAAUUUUGAGACACCAUUUGGAAAACGUAGGCUUACUUAUGCUGAUCAUACUGCCUCUGGGAGAUGCCUUCACUAUAUCGAAAACUAUAUCAUCGAUAAUGUCCUUCCUUUCUAUGGUAACAGUCAUACUAGUGACAGUUAUGUGGGAUACCAAACAACAAAAUUGGUGCAUGAGGCAGCGGCAUACGUGAAGAGAUGCUUAGGUGGAAGAGAAGAAGAGGCAAUUAUAUUUUGUGGUUCUGGUUCUACUGCUGCAAUUAAAAGGCUUCAAGAAGUCAUGGGGAUUUCAGUCCCUUCUAUACUAAGAGAAGAAGUACUCACAAAAUGCUUUAGCAAUGAAACGAAAGAGAGAUGGGUUGUUUUUGUUGGACCUUAUGAACAUCACUCAAACAUCCUUUCUUGGAGACAGAGUUUAGCUGAGGUUGUGGAAAUUGGUUUGGACGAAAACGGGCUAGUAGACAUGGAAGCCUUAAGGGUUCAGCUUGAGUACUACAAGUAUACGAAUAGGCCAAUGUUGGGUUCAUUUUCAGCUUGUAGCAAUGUCACUGGGAUUUACUCUGAUACAAGAGCCAUCGCUCGUCUUCUUCACAAAAAUGGAGCUUUUGCUUGCUUUGAUUUCGCAGCAAGUGCUCCUUAUGCAAAAAUAGACAUGAGAUCAGGGGAAAUAGAUGGAUAUGAUGCUGUUUUCCUCAGCCCCCACAAGUUUCUUGGAGGGCCAGGGACACCUGGAAUCCUUCUAAUGAAGAAGACACUCUAUCGGUUGAGAACUUCACCUCCAUCAACUUGUGGUGGUGGAACUGUUGAUUUUGUCAACCCCUUUAAUGAAAAGGACACACUGUAUGCGGAGAACAUCGAAGAAAGGGAGGAUGCAGGAACACCACCAAUCAUUCAGAAAGUAAGAACAGCACUUGCAUUUUGGGUGAAAGAGUUCAUAAGUCACGAAGUAAUUGAAAGAAUGGAGCAUACCUACAUUGAACUUGCACUACAAAGGCUUCUCCCAAAUCCUAACAUAUGGAUUUUGGGAAAUGUAACAGCCAAGAGACAGGCUGUGCUUUCUUUUCUCAUAUAUACCACAACUUACUCUUCAUCAAGUGAUAUCAAUAGUGAGGAAAGCGAGUUUUACUUAUGGGGAGAAACAGCAAACAAAAGAGAUAAGCCUCUUCAUGGUCCUUUCGUCGCUAAGCUUCUUAAUGACCUAUUUGGUAUUCAGGCUAGAGGAGGAUGUGCUUGUGCAGGACCCUAUGGACAUAGCUUGCUCAAUGUUGAUGAACCUCAUUCUCUUGCUUUCAGAGAUGCAAUUCAAAUGAGUUAUUGUGGAGUAAAGCCUGGAUGGACAAGGGUCAGCUUCCCCUACUACAUGUCCAAGGAAGAAUUUGUGUUCAUUCUAGCAGCAAUAGAAUUCAUAUCGAUUUAUGGACAAAGGUUCCUCCCUUUGUACCAUUUCAAUUGGAGGAGUGGUGCCUGGACUUUCAAGACAAAAGCUUUCAAUUGCAACUUUUGCUGCUCACAAAUGAUGAAAGUAUUGAACCAUGACACAAAAGAAAACAACCAUGGAGGAAGUGCUACCAAGAAAGGUCUUGUUUACAAGUAUGUAAAGUACCUUGAGACAGCCAAGCGCAUCGCUAGUCUACUUCCCAAGUUUUCACCUCAACGGACGAUACCUGAAGAUAUAGACCCCAAUCUUGUACCCUUUAGAGUCUGAAGAGAAUUAGCUUGUUCUGAUCCUUCUCCAAUAUGAUCAUACACUUUGCCAAUGCCUGGUUAGUAAAUUCAAAGUUGACAUGUAAUAAACUAAAAGUAGAAAAAAAAAACAAU